UUUGAACAUGACUCAUCAUAAUGGAACUGCGACUGAACGGAAGUAUUUUAGUAAGUAUAAAGAAGACAUAACAAUGCCGGAAGUGGGCAGUAGAGGAAGGAAUAGGAUGUAUGUGACUGAGGAUGGACUGACGGAUUUGAAUUAAAUGAAAUACACGUAACUCCUCCUUAGAAUACAACCCAAUGUCAAUGCCUUCCUUCGAGCCAGGAAUGACCUCCAAACCCGCUAGCAGAAAAUCCAAACCCCGGAUGACCUUAAGACAAAGCCUUCUCAAAGGCUUCAACAACCCAUCCCUCAGUGGUGCACUCAACCUCCAAAAAGUCACUUCAAAAUAGACGAAACAAGAGUAAUAUCUUCAGCGGGGACCAGCCUCCUGCCAAAACCGAUAGCCUAAACCCCAGCUUGCGGAGCCACCGCAAGAUGCUUCCUCGCGACGGCCUCUCACUGAACAGCACUUUACCAAUAAGCAUGGGCGAGAAGUUUCAGAACAAAAUUUAAAAUUCCUUCCUUGACAAGGCUGAAUGAAAAUUUAGCAUAUAGGCCAGGUCAAGGGAGUAGUUCAACGGGGGAUGUAGGUGGGAUGAAGCAGCAGAUUAAGGAGUUACAGGAGGCUUUGAAGAGGAAGGAUGGGGUUAUUAGGGAGCAGAGGAUGAAGAUUGCGAUGAAUGCGAUAGAGAAUGAUUAUGAAGGUUCGGAGAUAGGUGGGAUGUCUGAGAAAAAGACUUUUAAAGUUAAUCUGGGCAGGAGUAGGAAGAGAGAACAGGAGGAAGAGAAGAGUAAAGAUGAAUUGGUCAAGGAAAAUAUGGAAUUAAGGAAGGAAUUGAAUGAGAUGCGGAAAGUUAUAGAGCAGAAGGACGCCAGAAUACAGCAGUGAGAACUUUUGUUACGGAAAAAGCCUAAUGGGUUAAUUUCUUAAGAAGGAAGGAUCAAUUUAGAUGAGUUAAAGCCCUUAGCGCCUCUUUCUUUUUCAAUUAUAGUUGAAUACAAUAGAGAAUCUCUUGAUUACAAGAGAUUUUCUGAUGCAGAAAUCAGGUCAAACAAAUUCUAACAUUUUCUAUUCACAAAUUUAAAUAACAAUC